AUGGAUGCCGUCCGUGCCGGCCCCUUCGGCCAGCUCUUCCGCCCGGACAACUUCGUCUUCGGCCAGUCGGGUGCCGGCAACAACUGGGCCAAGGGCCAUUACACUGAGGGUGCCGAGCUGGUUGACCAGGUCCUCGAUGUCGUCCGGCGCGAGGCCGAGGGCUGCGACUGCCUCCAGGGUUUCCAGAUCACCCACUCCCUUGGUGGUGGUACCGGUGCCGGUAUGGGUACCCUCCUGAUCUCCAAGAUCCGCGAGGAGUUCCCCGACCGCAUGAUGGCCACCUUCUCUGUCGUGCCCUCCCCCAAGGUCUCGGACACCGUCGUCGAGCCUUAUAACGCCACCCUCUCGGUCCACCAGCUGGUCGAGAACUCGGACGAGACCUUCUGCAUUGACAACGAGGCCCUCUACGACAUCUGCAUGCGCACCCUGAAGCUGUCCAACCCCUCGUACGGUGACCUCAACUACCUGGUCUCGGCCGUCAUGUCGGGCGUCACCGUCUCGCUGCGUUUCCCCGGCCAGCUCAACUCGGAUCUCCGCAAGUUGGCUGUCAACAUGGUUCCUUUCCCGCGUCUCCACUUCUUCAUGGUCGGCUUCGCUCCCCUGACCAGCCGUGGUGCCCACUCAUUCCGCGCCGUCUCCGUUCCGGAGUUGACACAGCAGAUGUUCGAUCCCAAGAACAUGAUGGCUGCUUCCGACUUCCGCAACGGUCGCUACCUGACCUGCUCUGCCAUCUUCCGUGGCAAGGUCUCCAUGAAGGAGGUGGAGGACCAAAUGCGCAACGUCCAGAACAAGAACUCGUCCUAUUUCGUCGAGUGGAUCCCCAACAACGUCCAGACCGCUCUGUGCUCGAUCCCGCCGCGCGGCCUCAAGAUGUCGUCCACCUUCGUUGGUAACUCGACGGCCAUUCAGGAGCUGUUCAAGCGUAUUGGCGAGCAGUUCACUGCUAUGUUCCGUCGCAAGGCUUUCUUGCAUUGGUACACUGGUGAGGGUAUGGACGAGAUGGAGUUCACUGAGGCCGAGUCCAACAUGAACGAUCUCGUCUCGGAGUACCAGCAGUACCAGGAUGCUGGUGUCGAUGAGGAAGAGGAGGAGUACGAGGAGGAGGCUCCCCUCGAGCACGAGGAGUAA